AUGCGCGCGCGGAUGGCUUCGUGGGAGGACGAGGCGCUGGCCCCCCACUUGUUCCCCGCGCCUGCGGCCUCGGCGUUCGUCCCUUACCCCUGUGGCCCCCCUUACCCUGCGGCCACCACCAAGGAUGGCUGGCGGCUCCCCGGCGGGGGCUGCCGUCCCGCGCCCUCGCCGUCCCCGCUGCCGGGUGUCGGGCAGCUGACAGCCGCCGAGUACUUGGAGAGCUACCGGCGGGCGCAGCUGCUGGCCUGGCUGUGGCGGCUGCAGCCGGGCUGGACCCCGCGCGCCCCCCGCGCGCCGGGCCGCUGCCACGCGGCGGUGCAGGUGAACCCGCGCUGCGACGCGGCCGUGCAGUGCUCGCUGGGGCGCCGCAGGCUGCAGCAGCAGCAGCAGCGCGGGACCGGAGACCCCGACCCCGACCCCGCCGCCGGCCGCACCCCGUCCUCUCCGCCUCCGCGGCCCGUGCGCUUCCCGCGCACCGUGUCCAUGUACUCGCCCAUGGUCUUCCGUCGUCUCACCGCCCUGCUGGACGCCGAGCGCAGCUCGGACACCGCCAGGUCCCUUGAGCCCGAGGACCGAGAGGAGACCUCGGGGAACGUGUCCCCAAAGCCCAGGAGCCCGGAGGAUGACGAUCAGGGCGGAGGGGAGUCGCCCGCACACCGGUCCCGGGACCAGGGGGACCCGGGCUUGGCCACGCAGCAGUCGGCACCCGCCAGGAGUCGCGAGCCGUCUCCGGAGGACCGCGGGCAAGUGGCGGCUGCCGAGGAGGCGUCUCUGCCGAGCACCACCGAGCGGGACAAGGAGCGCAUGAGCUUCCAGUUCUUAGAGCAGAAGUACGGCUAUUACCACUGCAAGGACUGUCACCUCCGCUGGGAGAGUGCCUAUGUGUGGUGUGUGCAGGGCACCAACAAGGUUUACUUCAAACAGUUUUGCAGGACUUGCCAGAAGUCUUACAACCCUUACCGAGUGGAAGAUAUCACCUGUCAAAGUUGUAAAAGAAAUAUCUGCUCGUGCCCAGUCAGAGUUCGCCACGUGGACCCUAAGCGGCCCCAUCGCCAAGACUUGUGUGGGAGAUGCAAGGGCAAGCGCUUGUCCUGCGACAGCACUUUCAGCUUCAAGUACCUCAUUUAGGGACCAGCCCCAAGGCUCUGCUGGCUGAGCCAAGGGCGCGGAGGCGUGAGUUUUCUCCAUCAGGGCUCUCCCACCUCCCCCUUCUCAAAACGCUUCCUGAGAGGCGGUGUGUUUUGACACAAGCCUUCAAAUAAAGGUAUUGCAAAAACA